AUGGCAAUGAUCAACCACGUCGCGAACGUCUAGAUCUUGUGCACACUAUCUGCGCUAGGAUUCGUUACAGGUAUACCUCACACUCCUGAGCAGACUCAUAAUGUAUUCACGCGACAUCCGUUGCUAGCCAUGACGAUCGAAGGGUUUAUUGGAGCCAAUCACGUCCGAAACUUCCAAGAUGAAUUUAUCUCGGGGAAUUAUAUAGCAGUGGCCGCCGGUUUGGCGUCCUUGGUAGGGGACUUACUGCUUGCAUCUAUACUCAUCCAUGUCCUCCACCGGAGCCGAACCGGGUUUAAGAAGACGGACUCUAUGAUCGACCUCAUGAUCAUGUAUUCAGUCAGCACCGGGCUGCUUACGGGGAUUGGAGAUAUCCUGAACACUAUUCUAGCUUUCGUAUUCCCUGGAAAGCUUGUUUACGCCGCUGUCGGUAUUCCAACCACGAAACUCUACGCGAACGCCCUGCUCGCAGCGCUGAAUUCUAGGCAAUACAUCGCAUCAUGCGGCGGAUCGAACGUCUCCGACGAGAUCUCUGCCUUCGGGUUCGCACCGGCCCCCGUUGGGAGCACCAGUAGCGGCGAUGCAUACACGCCACAGCCUCGACGCGCGAUGCGCGACGCGACGAACGACGCGGACAUGGCACCCGCGGUGAUCGAGCUGAACUUUGUGGAAAGUGCUGUGGCUCGUGGCGUGCGCGCGGGGAAGGAGGUCGUGUGA